AUGUCGAGGAGCAGUGGCAGCGCUGCUGCAGUGUCAUCACGACCUCGCACUCGCCACCAACCUUCUCGUGGAAUCCCAGCAGCAGCAGCAGCAGUAGCAGCAGCAGCAGCAGCAGUAGCAGCAGCAGUAGCAGCAGUAGCAGCAGCAGUAGCAGCAGUAGCAGCAGCAGUAGCAGCAGUAGCAGCAGCAGUAGCAGCAGUAGCAGCAAUAGCCGUAGCAACAGUAGCAGUGGCAUGGGAAGGCCUUGCCAGUGAGCAAGAUGUCGCGGCAGUGGCAGCGCUGCUGCAGCAACAAUAG